AUGGCCUUUCGGUUUAAUUGGCCAGAGUUCGAUAGUGAAUUUUAUGGUGAAGCACGUUCUCAACUGGAAGCAGCAUUAAACAAAGGGAAUAAGCCCAAAAAUAUUGUAGAUCAUAUUUCAGUAACAGAAUUAAAUAUGGGAACUACAGCACCAGAUCUGGAGAUACUAGAGAUUGGAGAGCUUUCCACAGAUAAAUUUCGUGGUAUAUUCAAAUUAACUUAUUGCGGUGAUGCUUAUAUCGUUAUUCAAACAAAGGUCCAAGCUAAUCCAAUGCAUGCAAAGGAAUCCGAUUUACCCCGGCACACCAGACCAAGUGUAUUAGCUGCAGAUCAGCCGUUAGUUGUGCCUAUGCUGCUACGAAUCAGUGAUCUUAAGCUUAGAGGUAUCGUCGUUUUGGUGGUUUCCAAGACCAAAGGAAUUACGCUCGUAUUCAAAAACGAUCCGCUUGAAAGUAUUCUGGUUAGCUCAACAUUUGAUAGUGUUACCAGUGUUCGAAGUUUUUUGCAGCGUGAAAUUGAGAAUCAGUUACGCAAUUUGUUUCAAGAAGACCUGCCAGUGAUGAUCCAUAAUCUAAGUUUACGGCAUAUUCAAAACGAACAAGAAAAAGCUUCUAAACAACAACACGAAGAAUGGGUCAAAGCGCAACAGCUGCGGCUCAUGGAGCAAAGGAGACGUCGCAAGAACAAUAAUGCAUCCGACCGCUCAGUGUUUUCAGAUCCUGGUAUGCAACGAAAUCUAUCCUCGCCUUCAGUCAUAUCCUCGCCAGCAUCACUGAGCAGUGCCAACAACAAAAGAGCAACGUUUAACAAUUUUGAUGCAUUCUCAAUGCCAGAUUUAUCACAUCAACCUCCACCUUCCACCAUUUAUUCGCAACUCAACUCACCCCGAUUCAACCGAUCCGACUCAUUUCCUUACCUAAACGAUCCCAACGGUCAGCUAUCUCCUUUAUUAAUACCACAACAACAGUCUGCACCAGCAACCUUUAGCAGUUUUAGCGAUUUGUAUCUAAUGCACCAGUCAAACAACAGAGAUUUUGAGCAACAGUUUAUACCUCUGCAACAGCCUGUAAUAGCCGCUAAUCUGUCCGCAUUGAAUGAACUAUACAGUAGUCGGUUCGCUGCGUUGAAAACUCCACCUUACUCAGAGUCAGAGCAGCAGCAAAAGAUGGAGAUCAGCACAAACCAAGACGAUCUCUAUAUAGAGGAUGAAUACGAUGACGAAGGAGAAGACGAUUCAUCUUAUCGUUAUAAAGAGGAUGCAUCUUCGGUGAACUCAAUCAUAGCAGCAGAGAUGUAUGCAGACGAUGUGGAUGCACCAUGGUAUGUUACUGAAGGACCAGAACUACCCUCCAUUCGCGCAGAUAACGAAAAGACCCUGACCAUGAUGGCAAUGGACGAGGAUAUUAUACUAAAUCCCAAAGAGAAUGCAGUGGCGGCGAAGCUGGCUCAGCUAGCCACUGUUAAUCAUACGAUAUCACCAUUUGCACACACAAUUGAGCAUUUUACCUUUCGUUCACUACCGCAUACCGUCAAGAUUGAAUCAAAAACCAAACAUAAAAAGAAGCCAAAAAGGCGUAUCAUUAGAUGGAAUACAACUUCCUAA